CAUACCAUAAGAAGUGUUGUUUUCGUUCUAUUCUUACAAGACACUUUAUUACUCCGGAUACAGCGCUGAAGAGUUUCAUUCGGGACAAGCCACAUCACCUAUUCUUUAUUUUUACAUUUAGAUGACGGAAGAGUUCGUCUGGUUUUGGUAAAAACUGAUAACUUCAUGGCUUUGGUAGCAAGUGAUCGCAGUAGCAAAGUGAACGGCUUGGCGAGCGGUUGCAAGGCUGGUACCAAAAAAGAAGGGACACUGAGUAAGUCAGCCGGCUGUAAGAUAAAUAUGCAGCCGAAGGACGCGGAGUUUACCACGGAGGGCUUGCCGAAAGCAUUUCUUCACAGUUUGAGAACUCUUUUUGAUAUCCUUGAUGAUGCGAAGCGAGGAUAUGUGCACAUAUCGGAAAUUGAAAGUCGGUGGCAGGGAGCAGAGGCGCAGGGGUUACCCAGCGGUGUUCUGGAGUGCUUGAGGCGGGUUACCCCACCGCACGGCUGCCUGACUUUCGAACGCUUCGUGGCGGGGCUCCGGAACUCCAUGCUCAAUCCAGAAAAUGGUAACUUCAAGCACCAACCUUCUACACAGGCGUCAUAUCCAACUGGACCGAAGUCGCAGCCCCACACUCACAAAACUGGCGUACCCAUGGGGUGCUCCGCAGGGUCUCGGGGUUAUGAGAACAAAGUUCGGCCACUUGGACCAAGCAAUAUGACUAAUAUGCACCACAACCGCGCGUCCUCUCUCCAAAGCAGACCAAGGCACCACGAAGACGGAUACACCACGUCUAGCAAACAAGGGGAACACUCCCAUUAUAUAUCGGCCCCUGCUCCCCAACGGUACGGGACUACCGGCUACGAGAGAACCGGCAGGAGUUUAGAGAGGAUUCCUGUCGUACCAGAAAGCGGCACGUAUCGGACCGAGUCGGUUCGGGUUGCUAAAAAGGCCCAUCAUCAAAACCGCAUGCGGUCUAUUGAAUCACUGGCACUCGAAUCGCCACAGCUCCAAAAACAAAGUUCUGUGGAGCCUGUUGGUCUCCCCCGAUCACAGAGUGAGACGACCACAGGCUUCAGUGGCUCCAGGCGCCACUGCCGGAGCCGCGACGAACAGAGGAGGCACACCAUCACUAAUGGAGUCGAUUAUGGGAUGCUGAAGCAGAUGAAGGAACUGGAGCAGGAGAAGGACUCUCUGCUGGCGGGGCUGGAGGUGGUGGAGCGAGCCCGCGAGUGGUACCAGGCCCAGAUCCACAGCGUCACCGAGAGGCAGAGGCUCAUCGGCCAAAGCAGCCUCUGCUCGGAUUUUUUGACCGAAUCCAAUCAAAGUCGCAUGAAUGUCCUACUACCCAAACUACAGGAAGUCAACCGCUGCCUUAAUGACCUCAUAUCCUGCUCGGGAAUGCAGCAGUCCUUCUCCCCCAGUGCACAGCCCCCCACCAUCUCCCCCAGUGCCCAGUCCUCUGCCACAGCCCCCCCACAGGCCAUCCAGAGACUGAAGGACCAGAACCGGCUUCUUACACAGGAGGUAACAGAGAGGAGUGAGCGCAUCACCCAGCUGGAGCAGGAGAAGUCAGCCCUCAUCAAGCAGCUGUUCGAGGCCCGCGCCAGAAGCACUCACGACAGCAGCACCCUGGACUCCACCUUCAUCUGAGAUCCCCAGCCACUCACCACAACCACAGCUGCAACCACAUGACCACACGACCACAUGACCACAUAACCACAUGAUUACAUUCACCCAGCAAGCAUCGGCAUGCAUCGGGCAGAGACAGCUAGCGGCAGCACACGUUUAAAGGAAAGGAAAGGAAGGAAAGUGUUUCGGACUGUCACCUGGAUUCUAUCAGUAUUCAACCACUUCAUGCAAGACAGCUAUCCUGGAUUUUGUUGCUAUCUGAACUUUCUGAACAAACGUUCUGACUGACACCAUCAAAGAAUCCUAGCUACACAAGUGGAGCUACUUGAUUUGAUUCUCCAACAUGAUGUGACCUUGAUAAUCAGGCUCUACUUAAAAGUCUACUCUACGAUUAUCUUUGUCCAGUGAGUUAUAACAAUUAGACAAAAAAACCUGAAUCAAAUAAAUAAGCAUGAGGACAGAUGCUACGGAUAUACAGAACCUAGGGUGGUUCCACCGUUCAAUCAUCAUUCCAAAUUGACAAGGACCCUACAGCCUUUACCCUUCUACACCAACCAUAAGGGUUUUUGAAACCUCUUCUUAGCUUAGAGCUCUUUCUAAUGUUUUUUUUUCUGCUCACUAGUAACCAAAAGACACUUUAGUAGAGACAUGUUUUACCUUACAACCCUCCAGAGAAGAGUUCUGGGGGGUGGAUGGAGGAAGACGUUUUGGGCGAUCAGCCCAAUCAGCUUGUGAGUUGUGUUAUGAGUUAGCAGGUUUUUACAGGACUGGUUGUAAGUAAGUAAGUAGUGGAUGUGUUCAAUGUGUUGCAGUGUAUUAAGAAAGUUUUUGGAGAACAGGCAUACUGGUCCUAAAAGGAGCCUCAAAUGCAUUCCCCAGUAUUUCUGAAGAACCAUAUUAAUCAACUCGUUUAGGUUAUUGAACCCAACUUAAUUCUCCAUUGGCUGCUCUUUGACAAUGACACAACACUAUAUUUGAGAUCAAAUUUGACACCUUAUAUAUAAUGGUAAGCAAGAGAUAUAAAUACUCGAUUUGUACUUUGAGGUUAAAAACAAACCAUGGCAUGCCAAGGACUAAUAGCUGGACCCAGGGAAGGAGAAGAGGUUGCUUGAGGAGGAGACUGAGGAGGAGGUGAAAUGGAGCCGACUGAAUGUACUCUGAUGGGAUCGUUGAAGGCUGCUAAUGCAGAAGAAGGAAACCGAGUCAGUCCUUGGAUGGAUGGAGCGCAAAUCAAUAAUAACGACAAAAUGACAAAGAACAAGUGAACAAAUUGCAAAGGCGUUAUUUCACAGUUAGUCAAUUUGGGGACCUUGUCCAUGAAAUUAUUUUAUUAUGUGCAUACACACAGUAUAGUUAAAAAUGCUUGAUUAUAGCCCAUGUUGAUCAAUUCCUAGGCCAUUGUUAUGACAUUGAUCCAAAUGUUUAUCCUGGAGUUUACAGGUGAGCUGUAUGGUUUAACAGUGAGCCGUAUGGUUUUACAGUGAUCCAUAUAGUUUCACAGUGAGCUGUAUGGCUUUACAGUGAGACGUCUGGUUUUUACAGUGAUCCGUAUAGUUUCACAGUGAGCUGUAUGGUUUUACAGCGAGACGUACUGUAUGUUGGUUUUACAGUGAGCUUUAUGGCUUUACAGUGAGACAUAUGUUGGGUUUUACAGUGGGACGCAUUGUUUUACAGUGAGACGUAUGAGGCGUUUUUAGCUGCUAUCAGUGGCACCUCCCGUUUGCAAUGGUUUCUGUUGAAGAUGAAGUGCUGCUUUCCGUUCCCGUAGUAAAUGGUCCCAGAACUGUUCACUCCUGUAGACGCUGCUGCUGUGGUGUGCUCUCAUACACCCUGUCUCUCCUUCAUGCCCCCCCUCUCUGACUCUCUCUUUCUAUCUUCUUUUCUCCUCUGUCUCUUCAGACUCAAACUCUUCCUCUCUCAAUUCAAAUAAGCAGGGUUUUUUGCCACAUUAAAUGAUACAAUAUACUGUAUAGUGAAAACA